AUGAAAGGUAGUUCGGAUGGGAGUGGAGUGCGUGCAGUUUGUGCAUGCAGUGUGUGGAUGAGCGAUUGCGGAAGGGAGGAGAGAUGCUGUCCCCCUGCCCUGCCCUACACUUUGCUCCAUGUGCUCUGUCCUGUCACGCCGCUCUAUCCCUCCCUCCCUCCCUCCCUCCCUCCCUCCCUCCCUCCCUCCCAUCCCUCCCUCCCUCCCUCCUCCCUCCCUCCCUCCCUCCCUCCCUCCCUCCUCCUCCCUCCCUCCCUCCCUCCCUCCCUCCCUCCUCCCUCCCUCCUCCCUCCCUCCCUCCCUCCCUCCCUCCCUCCCUCCCUCCCUCCCUCCCUCCCUCCCUCCCUCCCUCCCUCCCUCCCUCCCUCCCUCCCUCCCUCCCUCCCUCCCUCCCUCCCUCCCUCCCUCCCUCCCUCCUCCCUCCCUCCCUCCCUCCCUCCCUCCCUCCCUCCCUCCCUCCCUCCCUCCCUCCCUCCCUCCCUCCCUCCCUCCCUCCCUCCCUCCCUCCCUCCCUCCCUCCCUCCCUCCCUCCCUCCCUCCCUCCCUCCCUCCCUCCCUCCCUCCCUCCCUCCCUCCCUCCCUCCCUCCCUCCCUCCCUCCCUCCCUCCCUCCCUCCCUCCCUCCCUCCCUCCCUCCCUCCCUCCCUCCCUCCCUCCCUCCCUCCCUCCCUCCCUCCCUCCCUCCCUCCCUCCCUCCCUCCCUCCCUCCCUCCCUCCCUCCCUCCCUCCCUCCCUCCCUCCCUCCCUCCCUCCCUCCCUCCCUCCCUCCCUCCCUCCUCCCUCCCUCCCUCCCUCCCUCCCUCCCUCCCUCCCUCCCUCCCUCCCUCCCUCCCUCCCUCCCUCCCUCCCUCCCUCCCCUCCUCCCUCCCUCCCUCCCUCCCUCCCUCCCUCCCUCCCUCCCUCCCUCCCUCCCUCCCUCCUCCCUCCCUCCCUCCCUCCCUCCCUCCCUCCCUCCCUCCCUCCCUCCCUCCCCCCUCCCUCCCUCCCUCCCUCCCUCCCUCCCUCCCUCCCUCCCUCCCUCCCUCCCUCCCUCCCUCCCUCCCUCCCUCCCUCCCUCCCUCCCUCCCUCCCUCCCUCCCUCCCUCCCUCCCUCCCUCCCUCCCUCCCUCCUCCCUCCCUCCCUCCCUCCCUCCCUCCCUCCCUCCCUCCCUCCCUCCCUCCCUCCCUCCCUCCCUCCCUCCCUCCCUCUCUCCCUCUUUCUCUCUGUGGAAUGACGCGCAUAGGAAUGCAGCAAGCGAUGCGCUCGGAAGACCUUGGGAGAGGGGCAGUCCAUGCACUCCACUCCUCUCCAUACCUCUUACACCCCUCUUCACCUGUCUCCACCGCUCUCGACCCCCAGGUGGCUCCACGUGUGUUCACAGCAAACGAAUCGCCUCCGGAUCAAAAGAUCCCUUUUCACCACGAGAUGGCGCAGGUACCUGAAUACCCAACCCGCCUCCUCUUCUUCUGCCAGGUGCCCCCAGCAACCGGAGGCGAGACCCCCAUCCUGCCCUCCUGCGAGCUCACCAGGCGCCUGGCUGUGAAGCACCCCUCGUUUAUAGCACAGCUGCGGGCCAAGGGGCUGCUGUAUGUGCGCGUGCUGCCAGAGGAGGACGAUCCGAGCAGUGCCAUUGGGAGGGGGUGGAAGUCGACUUUCCUCACUGACAGCAGGGAGGAAGCUGAAGAGAAGGCCAAGGGGCUGCUGUAUGUGCGCGUGCUGCCGGAGGUGGAUGACCAGAGCAGUGCCAUUGCGAGGGGAUGGAAGUCGACAAUUCUGACCCAAGACAAGGCUGAAGCAGAGGAGAGGUGGGUCAUGGGAGGAAGCGGAGGAGAGGUGAGUUGUAAAGGCGUGGAGAAGUGGAAUGAGCGCCACGGGGCUGCUGUGACUUUUGUGUGCGUGCUGGUAGUAGAGGAGGUGACUUUUGAGUUGACUCAAAAGUCACCUGUGUGUGUGCGUGUGCUGCCAGAGGAACCGAUGGAAUUGGGUGGAAGUCAGAAACUCAAUCUCUUCUGGCUGGCAAAGAGAGUGAAGCUGGAGUGGCAGGCGGGCGGCAGCGUUCGGACCGCUUGCACCUGCCACCCAUCUCCAACCCCCCUCCCACCCUCACUCUCACCUGGCUUCACUCUCCCCCCCCCUCCCCUCUCCCCCUUCUCCGAUCCCCCCUCCCCUCUCCCCCCUUCCCCCUCUCCCCCCUCACCUCUCCCCCUCUCCGCCCUCCCCUCUCCCCCUUCUCCCCCCUCUUUCCCCCCUCCCCUCUUUGCCCCCCUUUCCCCCCUCGUCAUGUUGCUCGCCCCCGAACCUAACACUCCCCUCGCCCCCGAACCUAACACUCCCCUCGCCCCCAAACCUAACACUCCCCUCGCCCCCGAACCUAACACUCCCCUCGCCCCCGAACCUAACACUCCCCUCGCCCCCGAACCUAACACUCCCCUCGCCCCCGAACCUAACACUCCCCUCGCCCCCGAACCUAACACUCCCCUCGCCCCCGAACCUAACACUCCCCUCGCCCCCGAACCUAACACUCCCCUCGCCCCCGAACCUAACACUCCCCUCGCCCCCGAACCUAACACUCCCCUCGCCCCCGAACCUAACACUCCCCUCGCCCCCGAACCUAACACUCCCCUCGCCCCCGAACCUAACACUCCCCUCGCCCCCGAACCUAACACUCCCCUCGCCCCCGGACCUAACACUCCCCUCGCCCCCGAACCUAACACUCCCCUCUCCCCCUAA